AUGAUCAGCACACCUACCCUGAAUAUUCAAGCCAUUCGACAAGCCCAUUCCAUCAUUCGAGAGAGUGCAUACAGAACACCAGUACUGGUGUGUCCCGCAUUACCGAAAGCAGUCAGCACCGCCUUGACUGCCCACGACGAUGAACCGUCGAAGCAGGCUCCAAUCGAGAUCUAUCUCAAAUGCGAGAACUUCCAAAGAGCCGGAUCGUUCAAGUUUCGAGGAGCAUACCACUUCCUCUCACAAUUGAGUGAUGUGUCCCUCUGCGCGGGAGUCGUCUCGUACAGUACUGGCAACCACGCCACCGCACUAACCGUAGCCGCCACCAUCCUCUCCAAAACCAAAAACUUUCCCAUCCCAGUCACAAUCGUAAUGACAUGGACAGCCAGCCCUGUGAAAAUCGACACGAUCCGUCGCCUCGGCGGGACGGUGAUCCAGCAUGGUCCGACCCUGGUGGAGUGUAUGCAAAUCGCAGAGGCCUUCCAGCUCGAAACGGGCGCUACGCUGUUACCUCAGGGCCAUCCGUGGAUCGCCACGGGCCAGGGGACAGUGAUGCUGGAGUUCCAGGAGCAGAUGAAGGAGUUGGGGUGUGGUGGUAUAGAUGUUGUGAUCGUGCCUAGUGCUGGGGGUGGACUGCUCGCUGGGACGGCGGUGGUAUGUCAUGAUUCUGGGUCGAAUAUCAGAGUCUUCGGUACGGAGCCGAGUACUGGUGGCGCGAAUCUUGCUCUGGCUCGUCUGAGUGGUGAACAGGUGACUAGUAUUACUGGCACGACAAUCGCGGAUGGGCUGCGCUUGACGACGGCCGCUUGUAAUUGGCAGUACGUCAAGGAUCCCGCCUUCGUCCAGGGCGUCUUCCAAGUCCAUGACUGGCAGAUUCGGCAUGCGCUGGCGUGUUUGGUCGAGGAGCUGAAGUUCAUGGCAGAACCGAGCUCGGCGGUACCCCUAGCUGCGCUCCUAUUCAACGAAGAUUUGCAGGAUGCUCUUCGGAGUAUGAACAGGGGUAUGCCGAUCAAGGUGGGCCUGGUGCUGACAGGAGGUAAUAUUAGUCUUGAUGCAUUGAGGGCUUUGCUGGAAGGAGGUGAGGGGUGA